UAUCAUGGCCCCUUUCGUUUGGCUGUAGCAGAUCAGAGGAGCUCAGAGACACACAGCUUUAUGUUUCAAACAUUCUCCUGUUUUGUUGUCUGACGUAGCGCAAAUAUGCAGAAAAUUAAGUCUUUAAUGGCCCGACAGGGUCUAAAAAGUCCCCAGGAAAGCAUGGCAGAUAUGAGUCCCGUGGAGAAUUUCAGGAUCCCAAGUAAGGAGGAGCUCCGUGAGAUGCGGGAGCAGCCCAUCGACCCGCAGGCCGAGCAGGAGAUCAUCGACAGCAUCGAGGAGGUGUACUUCUCCAGUGACUCCUUCGACAUGGUGCAGCACGAGCUGGAGAAACUCCCACCUGACCUCAACCUCCAGGAGAUUGAAGAAUACAGAGACAAGCUGAAGCGGCAGCAGUCGGCGGUCUCCAAAAAAGUUGCUGAUCUCAUCUUGGAGAAGCAGCCCUCCUAUGUUAAGGAGCUGGAGAGAGUGACGUCACUGCAGACCAACCUGCAGCUGGCCGCAGUCAUCUGCACCAAUGCCAGGAGGCAGCUGAGCUUUUCUAAAGAGGGCUUCACUGAGGCCAGUCUCGGGCUCCUAGCCAACCAGAGGAGGAGGCAACUGCUGACCGGCUUACUCAAGUCUCUGAGGACCAUAAAGACCCUGCAAAGGACGGACGUGAGGCUUAGUGAGAUGCUGGAGGAGGAAGAUUAUCCAGGUGCUAUCCAGUUGUGUCUGGAAUGUCAAAAGGCGGCCAGCACGUUCAAACACUACAGCUGUAUCAGUGAGUUGAAUUCAAAGCUUCAGGACACGCUGGAGCAGAUAGAGGAGCAGCUGGAUGUGGCCCUGUCCAAGACCUGCAAGCACUUUGACGUCUCGCACUACACCAAAGUCCAGCUGGCCUACACUCUCCUGGGCAAAACGCAGACGGCGAUGGACCAGCUCCACAUGCACUUCACCCAGGCCAUCCACAACACUGUGUUCCAGGUGGUGCUGGGCUACGUGGAGCUGUGUGCUGGCAACGCUGACACCAAGUUCCAGAAGAUGCAGUACAAAGACCUCUGCACGCACAUCACCACAGACAGCUACAUCCCCUGCCUGACUGACCUCUGCAAGGCAUUGUGGGAAGUGAUGCUGAGCUACCACAGGACAAUGCAGUGGCAUGAGGAACAAGACAAGGAGGAGGCAGCCAGCCCUGACCCAGAGGGCAGCAGCGAGGACGGAUCCGACGAGGCAGUGGUGGGCCGCACCUACGUGAAGAAGAAGCUGGAGCACGGCCUCAGCCGCAUCUGGCAGGACGUCCAGCUGAAAGUGAAAGCUUACUUGCUGGGGACGGACAUGUCCAACUUCAAGUACGACGACUUCAUCGUGGUCCUGGAUGUCAUCAGCAGGUUGAUGCAGGUGGGGGAGGAGUUCUGUGGUAGCCGCUCCGAGGUCCUCCAGGAGUCCAUCAAGCGCCAGAGCGUUAACUACUUCAAAAACUACCACAGGACUCGCCUGGAGGAGCUGCGGAUGUUCCUGGAGAAUGAGACAUGGGAGCUGUGCCCUGUGAAAUCCAACUUCAGCAUCGCCCAGCUCCACGAGUUCAAGUUCAUGGGCCAGUGUCGGUCCCCGUCAGUGUCGCCCAGUCGCCAGGCUUCGUCCAUUACAAGCCCCACGGAGGUGUCGCUGUUCCUCCAGGGAGGCAACCCCUUCGAGAUGCAGAUCGACAGCAAAGAGGAGGAGACCGAAGACGUGCUGGCCUCCAACGGGUACGAGUCUGACGAACUGGAGAAGAAUGUGUACCAGGACUACGACAGUGACAGCGAUGUUGCAGAGGAGCUCAAGCAGGACUACGUGGACGAGCAAACGGGCGACGUGCCCGUCAAAAGUGUUUCCAGGGAGACCUUGCGCAGCCGGAAGCGUUCAGACUACAACCUCAACAAGACAAACGCACCCAUUCUGACCAACACCACCCUCAACGUCAUACGGCUGGUCGGAAAGUAUAUGCAGAUGAUGAGCAUUCUGCAGCCCAUAGCCUUUGACGUGAUCCACUGCGUCUCACAGCUCUUUGACUACUACCUGUACGCUGUCUACACAUUCUUUGGACGGAACGACAUGCCUGUCACUAGCCAGUCUGCGCCGCCGCAAGGCAAAGAGCAGGGCGCAGCCAGGCAGGCCCCCCCGGUUUACUGGUAUGAAUCAUCAGGCCUGGGACUGAUCAGCAGCCGCCUGAGGACCACGCUGAACCGCAUCCAGGAGAGCCUCAUCGACAUGGAGCCCAGCGGGGAGAGCAUGGGUCCCCAUGGUCCCCCUGAGGAACGCCGGGAGAAGGUUCCCAGCCCCCACCUGAGCCAGAUGGUGGUGCUGACCUCCAGUGGAACGCUCUACGGCCUCGCCCAGAGAGUGGUGGCCACCGAGUCCCUAGUGUUUCUGGCGGAACAGUUUGACUUCCUGCAGUCGCACCUUGACGCCAUGAUGCCUUCAGCCAAAAAGCCCUUCUUGCAGCAGUUCUACUCGCAGACUGUGUCCACGGCCAGCGAGCUGCGGAAGCCCAUCUACUGGAUUGUUGCGGCCAGAGCCAUCGACUACGAGCAGAUGCUGCUCCUCAUGGCUGGGGUCAAGUGGGACAUCAAGGAGAUCAUGUCCCAGCACAAUGUGUAUGUGGAUGUCCUUUUGAAGGAAUUCGAGCAGUUCAACAAGCGGCUGAGCGAGGUGUCUCGGCAGGUGCGGAUCCCUCUGUCCGUCUCCAACGUCCUGUGGGAGCACUGCAUCCGCCUGGCCAACCGGACACUGGUGGAGGGCUAUGCUAAUGUGAAGAAGUGUAGCAACGAGGGACGUGCCCUCAUGCAGCUGGACUUCCAGCAGUUCCUCACCAAGUUGGAGCGCCUCACCGACCUGCGGCCCAUCCCCGACAAGGAGUUUGUGGAGACCUACAUCAAGGCCUACUACCUGACCGAGAACGACAUGGAGCAGUUCAUCAAAAACCACCGGGAGUACUCAAUGAAGCAGCUGGCCAACCUGGUGAAUGUGUGUCUGGGCUCUCACAUCAACAAGAAGGCCCGGCAGAAGCUCCUGGCAGCCAUUGAUGACAUUGACAGGCCCAAGAGAUAGACACCAUUCACCCUGAGACACACACACACACACACACAAACACACACAAGUUAACACCAUUAUGUGUGUAUAAACACCAACUGCAGCUCCAGCCGUCCUGCAUGACUUUGCAGUCAUCAUAAACCAAUGCAUUUCAAACUCAACUCAUCUUGAGCUUCUCUGCUUGUUUGAUCAAGUUCUGCAUGAAUCUGGCCGAUUCCUGUCUCUGCCUGUGAAAGAUACAGUCAAGGACAUGGUGUUCAGAUAUCAAGUCUAUGGACGUUCCCUGAUGGUGCAAUGAAGUAACAGUCCGUGCACUGGUCAAUGGCUUCUGUUUAGUGCUAAAGUGGAGAUCGGCGAAUGUUUGGGACAGAUACUGGACAACUGCUUUGGACCGAAUGCAUGUAAUCCCUUUUUUGUUGUCGUCUCCCCAGAGGGGGUGAAAAGCAAACCGGACAUCUGACCUUUUUGAAGAGACUAUUUUAAAAUGCUGCCGGAAGCAAGUGCUUAGCUACCUGUUCCAGAAUGUUCGUUGUUUUUUUUUUUUUUGUUCUUGUCGUCAAGCACCACAUGUUCCACAAGGCCCACUUGAGUGUCUUUCUGUAUGACAGAUUACCCCAUUGUGUUGCCACAUGUACACUCAAAUCAGCACUACUACUUAAGAGCAUCUAUAAGCCAGCCCAAGGACCACGUGCACAGUAGCCCGCACCGUAGAGCAGUAGGGCGAAAUGUUGAAAUGUUGAUGUGCUCUGUACGCAUUUGUGUAUUCACAACAGUUAUUCUGAAAUCCUACGUAAUCUGAUCAAGAAGCUGUCAACUUAUUACGUGAAUGUUAUGUUAAAAAAAGGAAGGGUUUGAAUAAGCAUAACUGCAUAUAUUCUUGUUGAUUAAAGAUAAAAAGAUGUGUCAAUUUAAGAUGAAAAAAGAUGAAAGUGUACUAUCGCACUCAGGCAAACUGUUGCAUUCCAUUUGAUUGUGUGUGGAUUGGGAAGAACUAUAGCUUGUAUUGUGUAUAUGAAUGUGUGGACAUUAUUGUUUAUUUAUUUCCACUACUGUAAGCUCACAUCCGAACAUGGGCGAGGAUGGGUCUUAGCCUUAGUUAGAGUUCUGUUCUUGGCGUUAUCCUGUACUUGUCCUCCUAUUUAUCUUUUUUUUUUAAAUGGUCAAGUUUUAAAAGAAUCAUUAACUGUAGGAUGCUUUGAUUGAAAUCCUUAAAUAAACACACUAACUAAAACUGA